AUGUCAGUCCAAAGAGAAAGAACCUUCAUUGCUGUUAAACCAGAUGGUGUUGCCCGUGGUUUAGUCGGUGAAAUCAUUGCCCGUUUCGAAAAGAAAGGUUUCGUCGUUGUUGGUUUAAAACAAUUAACCCCAACCAAAGAAUUAGCUGAAGCUCACUAUGCUGAACACAAAGAAAGACCAUUCUUCGGUGGUUUAGUCUCAUUCAUCACUUCAGGUCCAGUCGUUGCCAUCUGUUUAGAAGGUAAAGGUGUUGUUGCUGCUGCUCGUUUAAUGAUCGGUGUCACCAAUCCAUUAGCCUCAGCCCCAGGUACCAUCAGAGGUGACUACGCCAUCGAUGUUGCCAAAAACAUCAUCCACGGUUCAGACAGUGUUGAAUCAUCAACUCGUGAAUUAAAAUUAUGGUUCGCUGACAAUGAAUUAUUAGCUGUUGCCACCCCAAACCCAAACUUAUACGAAUAAAUCUUUUAAAUAAAUUAUAAUUUGUAUAUAAAUAGU